AUGCCUCCCAGGAAAAAGGCUCGCCAUUCCCAGGCCACCUCUCCCUCGCCCUCCGCCUCCCGCCAAAAGACUCCCGAAACCGCACCCUCCCAACACUCGAAUUCUUCCCCAAACAAGCCUCCCGAAGCAACCGCCUCAGAUGACCCAUGGAGCGACCACGAAGAGAUCGGCCUAUUCAAAGGCUUGAUGAUAUGGAAGCCUACGGGUAUCCACAAGCAUUUUCGCUUACUCGCGCUCCACAAUUGGCUGCUGGAGAACAACUACAUCCACCCUCGCAAUGAGCAUACGAAGCCCAAAGGAAUUCGCGCGAAGCUUGAGACAUUGUACAAUAUGGACGCACUAGACGCCAGAGAAGAUGCACGGCAACUGCCGGCUGUGGAGCUUCUCGACGCAGAGCAAACAGAUGCCAAGGGAACAGUAUUGGACGAUGACAUCUACAGCGAGGCCGAUAAUCGCAUCGAGCAAGAUGACUUUGCUUUGCCGCCCGAAGAAGGCUUCGAAAAAGACAUGUGGGACCGCAGACUGCCAAACAAGAAGCAGAAGACGGAAGACGAAGACAGCGAUCUUGAACUUCCCGACCUGAACCUCGCAGAAGAACCACCUGUGCGAUUCGUCGCUACAGUCUCCAUCGAGCCAAGUGACAAUGCUACGCCAGGCUCGCGAAGAGGCAGAGGCGGUGGUGCUGGUUCGAGAAGAAAAAGUCUGCCAAAAGUCGCUGCUGCUGCUACGAGGAGGAGCGCGAGACAGGCGGAAAGCACGGCUGAUGAGGAGGAAGGUACUGCCGAGGAAGAGAAGAAUGAAGACGAGGAUGAAGAGGAAGAGGAGAUUGAGAACAGUGAUAGCGAGGAUCGGAGUGAAGCGAGUACACCGGCACCAAGGGCGACCAGAACGAAAGGCGCAAGAGGGAGGACAAGAGGCAGGGCUGGAGGACAAGCCGGUGCGAAGAGGAAGGCACGUUGAGGAGUAAUCGAUGAAAGAGACCUCGCGGUCGACGCGUCUCGCACUAUCCAAGCACUUUUGCGCAUCAUGAUACAUGAUUCGACCCGGCACAGCUGAAGCUCACGCUCUUCACGGCGAC